CGUCUCUUUCCACUUUCAACACAUCCAUUAGUUUUUCGAUUCAGAGAACCAGAGCGAGAGUGAGAGAGUGAGAGGGAGGAAGAGAGGGGCAUCGUCGUCAGUGUUUUCUGUUCUUUUUUAGAUUUCAAUACAUUCAUAGAUCGAUUAAGAUGGCGUCCAGGCACGUUCCUCAAGAACAAAACAGAGGUGACGCAGUUGGGGCUGUAAAGCAGAAGGUUAACAUGGCGGUUCCGGCUGCCGGACAAGUCAAAAGCCGCCGUGCACUUGGUGACAUCGGCAACCUGGUUAAACUCCGGCCACUUGAUGGCAAGCCACUGCCUGCAAUCACACGCCCGGUUACAAGAAGUUUCUGUGCACAGUUACUCGCCAAUGCACAACGAGACGCAGCUGAAAACAAAAAGAAACCAAUGGCAGUCAACGCAGCCAAGAAGAAAGCAACAGUCAAACCAAAACCACCACCGGUGCCGGAAAAUGCAACUGUAAUCGAGAUCAGUCCGGACACCCAAGAAGAGAGGAAAUCAGGAUCUUCUUCAUCUUCCCGAAACAAGAAACCUCAAUCGUCACUCACUUCAACACUAACUGCCCGGAGCAAAGCUGCCUGUGGCCUUAACUACAAACCAAAACCGGCGAAUGUCGUCGACAUUGAUGCUCAAGAUAUCGACAACGAAUUGGCUGAAGUCGAGUAUGUCGAGGACAUAUACAAGUUUUACAAACUCAUUGAGAAUGAAAGCAAAGUUCAUGACUACAUGCAUUCCCAACCGGAGAUUAACGACAAGAUGAGGGCAAUUCUGAUUGACUGGCUGAUUGAGGUUCACAACAAAUUCGAGCUAAUGAAUGAGACACUGUACUUAACGAUCAACAUUGUCGACCGAUUUUUGGCUUCUGAAACUGUUGCUAGAAGAGAAUUACAAUGUGUAGGAAUGAGUGCAAUGCUUAUUGCAUCGAAAUACGAAGAAAUCUGGGCUCCGGAAGUCAACGAUUUCGUUCAAAUCUCAGACAGAGCUUACGAACAUCGGCAUGUGUUAGUGAUGGAAAAGCGGAUUCUGGGUCGAUUGGAAUGGAAUCUAACCGUUCCUACGCCGUAUGUGUUUCUCACUCGGUUCAUCAAAGCCGCCGCAACUCCACCGGAGAUUAACAUGGAACACAUGGUGUAUUUCUACGCAGAACUAGGGAUGAUGCAUUACGAGAUCAUAAGGUUUUGCCCGUCGAUGGUUGCAGCGGCGGCGGUGUACGCUGCCCGGAGCACCCUGAAUAAGAGUCCGGUGUGGCACGAGACUCUGGAGAUGCACACGGGGUUUGAGGAGAGGCAGGUGAUGGAAUGUGCGAAGAUGAUGGCUGUGUUUCAUUCGGUGGCGAAGGAUGAUGAGAAGAGGAAGGUGAUAUACAGAAAGUAUUCCAGUGUUACACGUGGCGCGGUGGCGCUAUACCCUCCGGCCAAAGCUCUGUUGGCCGCAGUGAUGCCAUUGUCGUCGUAGUUUUUAGAGGAGGGGUUGGGUGGGUAUAAGAGAUAUCUAACUAAACUGUGUUGGUUGUUUCUGGAUUUGGGUCAAUUGAAUGAUUCUAUUACUUUUAAUAUUUGUUGAACAUUUUAAUGGGAUUAUAUAAUCAUUAAAGUGAACAUUAUAAGAGAGAUCUAACUGUGUUAGAUUAUUUCUCGAUUUGGAUCAAUGAAAUGAUUCUUUUCCUUUUUAA